UGACUCAAAUAUGAAUUACAGGCGAUAACAGUUAUAGCAAAGGAAGAAGGCAUCAAGGUUUACUGGAAGGGCAACCUCCCCCAGGUGAUUUGGAUCAUGCAUUAUAGUGCUGUCUAGCUUUUCCUUAUGAAACGUAUAAGGUGCUUUUGCAGGCAUGACAUCCACUUUUGAAAGUCACUUAUUCCAAAGGACUUAUAACAUACCCGCUAGAUGUCUUGAGAUUACGAUUAGCAGUUGAACCAGGUCACCGAACCAUGACUGAGGCUGCUUUGGGCAUGCUAAGAGAUGAAGGAUUUGCAUCUUUCUAUUAUGGCUUGGGGCCUUCCUCAAUUGGAACAGAUCGUUAUAUUGCUGUCAACCUUUGUGUUUUGGACUUGCGAGCUCAUGGACAAUCAUUUAUCUUCUAGGAUGAGUGAACCGCAGAGCCCUCGUCAAGAUGCUGAGCCGCAGAGCCCUCGUCAAGAUGCUGAGCCGCAGAGCCCUCGUCAAGAUGCUGAAAUGGAGUCUCUGCACAGAUGGACGAGAGAAAUGUAUCGUCAGUUGUUUCGUCUUCCGCUGGAGGAAGUUCUCCUUGGACAUUUUGCGUGUUCUGUACUCCGCCAAUCAUGUCCUGUAAUCGGCGAAACAAAAUGGUUAGAGGGCCGUAUGUGUCUGUAUAAAAAUUUCUUGUGUUUCUACACAAGCCUAAUCCGGUCUGAGAGAGUAAUCCCAUAUGAUAAAGUCACCAGUGCAAAGAAGGUACAAGCACUUGCCAUUGAUAUUGUUGUUGGAAGCAAGGAGUACUGUUUUAAUAAUGUUCAUCGCCGUGAUGAGGCAUUUGCUCUCAUCAAUACUCAGUGUUCUAAACACCUCUGUGAGCAAGGAGAAACUGUAGAUAAAAAGACCAAAUCAGCGGAUGAUACAGCUCCCUCCACCUCAGUAUCACGGCCCUCAAAAAAGAGGAAGAGGGAUAAACCUGACAACUGCACUCUUUUCUUCUCAGUUAUCGCAACCAGAUCUAUGAUAAAACGUGAAGAACUGGUGAUAAAGAAAAAACUUUAUAGGAGGAUGAUAUAUAGAAGAUUAGACGUCAAGCCACUAUUCUUUAUAGAAUCUGUUGACAAUUCUGGCCGUCCAAAACAGUGGACGAUUGUAUCUGAACAAAACAGCUUUGAAGGCAUAAGAAAGGCAAGGUUUAAACAAGGAUGGGAAGCCUUCAUGGUUCAAAAUGCAAUUAAGGAGGGUGAUAUCAUUACUUUCAAAAAGAGGUAUAAGAGAAAAAGAUUGUUUGCUGUGCACGUUGAUCGCUGGGACAAGACCUCACACCAGUAUGUGAGGUCAAUUUGUUGCCUUCAUUGCAAUCACUUUAUUCGUGCCUGGAAUUAAGUAGUUUCUUAAUCAGACAUUAUUCGACUUUUUCGGCAAUCAGUUUUAUAUGAAUGUUUUUGUGCUUUAUCUCUGUUGUCAGCAGAUGUCAGUCACUGAUUCACAAUAACUAGUUUUCCGAUUCUUAACUGGAAAUUUAAGGGGCAAUAGCCUCUUAUACGGUGGGAUUAAGCAAGACUCCAGCUGAGAGGGCUGCUUUAACGGA